UGUCUACUUUGCAUCCACAUAACUCUUUAUAAGAUCAAACAACUCCAAACUAAAUCUCUCUGCUGUUUCAAUUCAAGGAAAUCUAUCAUUACUUUCCAUGAACUAUAGCAAGAAUGUCAGCAGCAUUAUGUUCAUCAUUUCGGGUAAUGUUGCCUCAAUGGAGAUACUGUAACAAGAACUUGCACUACUGGAUUUUGCCUCCUUCUAAGACAAAACUUAACUUCCUUUAUUUUCCAAUCUUCUCUUCUUUUACUGAUGAUGAUUCUGUCAAACCCAUCAAACAAAAUCAGGUUAUGUAUGACCCUUCAGAGGAGCUCUUUGGACUUGCUGCUGAUUUGCAGCCAAGGAAGGUUGUUUCUAGUGCGUCGAGUCCAAGAUCAUGGUUUGGCCCAAACGGCCAAUAUAUAAGAGAAUUGCCGUGCCCGAGCUGCAGGGGAAGGGGCUACACUCCUUGUAUUGAAUGUGGAAUAGAGAGAUCCAGUUUAGAUUGUUCAUUGUGUAAUGGAAAGGGUAUGAUGACUUGUCAUCAGUGCAGUGGAGAUUGUGUCAUUUGGGAAGAGUCUAUUGACGAAAGGCCUUGGGAGAAAGCUCGGUCAAGUUCCCCUUUAAAAGUAAAGGAAGACGAUGAAGUGGACAACUUAGACAUAAAGCUUGAUGCGAAGAGGAAAACUAAGCGUGUCUACCAAUCUCCAAAUACAGAAGUCAAUUUGAAGAUCAGCAGAUCAUUAAAAAGCUUAAAUGCAAAGACUGGACUAUUUAGUAAGAGAAUGAAGAUUAUCCAUGGCGAUCCCACGCUUCAUGCACAAAGAGUAGCUGCUAUUAAGAAAGCAAAGGGGACGCCUGCUGCUAGAAAACGUGCCUCCGAUUCCAUGAAAGAUUACUUCCGUGAUCCAGAUAACCGUCGCAAGAGAAGUAUAUCCAUGAAAGGUCUAUAAAGUUUUUGCUCAUGUCACACUUAAAAUAAUGGUAGUUUUGCUUUCUUCUUUGAUUAUAUCAUAGUUGUACUGAAGAUGUCAAAAACGACCCCUUAAUGUUCUGUUAAUGGUCUUGAACUAUUACACUACAGAAAAUGAUUACUGUAAACCAUUAAACACUUAAACAUGGAAAGAUUUUAUUCUUGUUUCCCUUCAUUUACCUGUCGCAAAAAGUUGAGUUCA